AGAAGCACAUUUCGGCAGCAGCAGUAGCAGCAGCAGGAAGCAGCAUAACCAUGAACACCCUGAUCGUCCUGAGUGCCAUCCUGGCCGUUGCCGUGGCUAAGCCCGGCUACCUCGGCGCCGCCCCCGCCGCAGUCGUCGCCCCCGCCGCGUACGCCGCCCCUGCUGUGGUCGCCGCCCCCGUGCACGCCGGCUACGCCGCCUACGGCCCCGCCCCCGUGGCCGUGCGCUCCGACGGCUACCUGCUGGACACCCCUGCCGUCGCCGCCACCAGGGCCGCCCACCUGACCGCCGUCGCCCAGACUCAGGCCCGUGACGCCGUCGUCAACGGCGCCGCCGCCCUGGCCGCCCACGCCGCCCACGCCUACGCUGCCCACGCCUAUGCCGCUCCCGCUGUGGCGUACGCCGCCCCAGCCCAUGUCGCCUAUGCUGCUCCUGCAGCAUACGCCGCCCCCGGCGCUCUCGCUGCUGCCGCCCACCUCCACGCUAAGGCUGCUCUGCUCGGCUGAAAUGUCGUCUGUAAAAAAAUACUGCUUUUGUAAAAUAAUCUACAAAAAAAAUAAAUAAACCGUUGAAAUCACUGGAUUUCUAAA